GGCGGUGCCAUAGGCAGCACCAUCUUGUUUUUCGCUUCUGCACAUGCACAGAACAAUUUUUACUGCACACAAGCAAACUAGCAAGUGCCUGCUGAAACCCAUCCCUGAAGCUUCGUGCUGCUGGGAAAACCUAGGUCAGAAUAGGUGCUUCUUGCAGGCUAUCAGAUUCCUACAGGCUCAGAACUUUCCCGGUUGCAAUGUCUGUUUAUGAGGCAGCUCCAGUAGAGGGAGGGGCGCCUUGGAUGAUCCUGCAGGAGGAGCAGCUUUCUUUCUGGUGUGAAGCCAGCUUGCCCUCCUGUGGUGCAUCUUGAGAAACAUGAGAGCGUGUACCACAACACAGUUAGUAAACUGGCAGCCAAACUACUACUCCUGGCUAACGUAACAACACAACACAACAACAACAAGCUUGACUUGAAAGCGCCUCUAUUGUACUUCUGUAAAUUUGGACUUUGAAUAAGCAUUCAGGGGUAUAAAAAAUAAAAGAAUCUGAAAUGUAUAAAUUGUAAAUAUUUUGUAGGUCUUGUAGUGUGCUUAGAUAUAAAGCUGUACCAAAUAAAAAUACUAAUAAUAAAACUUUUAAUUCUGAGAUAAAUUUCUGUUUAAGAUGGAGAUGCAUUUUCUUACAUUUGGGCUUUGAUAUCAGAAACUACAUUUACUCAGUAUUUUUCUCAAAACCUUAAGUUACUUGGAGGGUUGCAGAACUCUAGCAAUGAGACUUAUUGUGAAAAUUACUUUUGCGGCAUUCCGUACACAUUCUUUUCUUUAAGAAUGCAAGCAAAUCCUAACUUUGAAUACACAGACCUGCUUGUUAAUGUCUCUUUUCUACUUCUAGCAAACAAGAAAGAAGUUCUCUACUCCAGGAGCCUCAAUUUACCUGAAGACUAUUGAUUAGUUAGCAAACAUCACUUUAUUGCUUCUCUCAACAUGGACACAUGGCGGAGAGGAUCUAUUAGGUCCUCAGGUUUCUUCAAGCGGCUCUCAUUCAGAAGGAACAAGAAAUUGGGCAACCAGACUAUUAUCUUGAACCAGAACAGCCAAACAUUAGACUCCAAUGAACAGUACGACAAAAAGAGAUUCCUAAGAAAUUUCAAAGUCAAGCAAGACUAUUUUCCAUGUCAAAGUGAACAAAAUCUUACCACUAAAACACAACCACCUCCCAAACCACCUCGCUUAUAUCUGGACACUGCCAGCUGCCCCAAUAUAAUAGACCACAGAGAAUCUUCCUCUACAGAUAUAUCCUUUUCAAGCACUUCCUGCCAUUUUCAUAAGGCUACUCAAACGCAACCUGAUCUAUUAUACAAAGCCCAAACCAUGAACUCUGAAACACUCCCCAGGAACAGUAAGCCUCCUUUUGAUCCAUCAGACCCCUUCCUUUCCUUCACACUAGAUUUGGGACCCUCACUCCUGGAUGAUGUUUUACAAACACUCAGAAAACAGAAUUUACUAUUAAAUUAGCUGGAAUUCUCACUAAAACCAAGAAAUUAAUCAUACUGACUCAUCUGAUUCAUGGACUAAGUUAUUUUUAGUUCUUUUUAAAAUAUUUUUUCCCCAAAGAAGAUUAGAAGUUGCUAUUAAGUAAAUUAUGUUUUCUAUCUCAUUUUGAUAAGCAGGCAAUAUACUUGCUAUAUUUAACCAAUCAGAAAUUCUAGACAGUAUGAAUAUGUGUAAGAAGACGAUGGUUUUGGCUGGGAACGCUGCAUCUCUGGAUUUGUUUGGGUAAAAUAACCUUAAAUAUCUCAGAACUCAAUUGUUAUAAAUAAGGUUUUGAUAGGACACAGGAGGCAGGAGUCCUGAUCUACUAAUAAUGAAAUGGGAACUCUAAAUAUGAAAUUUAUCUUCUUUUGUGCCAGUACAGAAUUUUUCUAAUUUCUUCCUUCAAUUUGGAGGAACUGAUUGGGAGAAUUAAUAAUUGCAAUUACAUGAAUAUAAAAUGUGAAUGCAUAUGCUAUUCUUUAUUAAACCAAUUUGCUUUAUUUCCUUUGCACAUUUUUUUAAUUUCCAGUGACCAGUAUUCAUUUAAUAGAUAAAUGAAAGUCUUAGUAUUACCCUUUCUAGCCUGGCAUCUUCAAAAUUAUUUGGUUCUACUAGUUUCAACCAAUUUGAUCAUUGCUGUGAUGAAACACAUCUGAAAGAUGUUAAAUUGGGGGGGGGGGGAAGGUUAUCCUACUUUAUGAAGUACUGUAUCUUCUACUAGCAAUCAUUUGCAGACAUCAUUGUGGCUUAUAGUAACAUCAAUUAAAGAAGCAAACAGCUGGAAUGAGGAAACCAUAGUUUCAGAAGAGAGCAGCAAGGGACUUCAUCCAAAUUGGAUCAGAAUCCCACAGCCGUUUUGUUGCCAAAUUAAAGCAGCUGCGUCAGGCAGAUGCAAACAUGACUAAUGCUAUUAAUACUUCUGAAUUCUGAACUCCACCUAUUGCUUAAAACUGGAUUGUGACAUGAAUACGUGAUACAAGAAGGGCUUCCAUUGUUUUUUCAACUUCAAGGUGGUAUGAGUAUAUCAGUGUCAAAAAUGAGCUCAUGUUUACUUCCUCAGACUGAGAACAAAUAUAGCCAGACUUUGCAAUUAUCUCAGUUUUCUAACACACACACACACAAACAAACAAAAAUCAAUAGUAUUAUAUACUUCAAAGUAUUGCCGACAAACAGGUUCAAACCACAAGAUGUUCCCUCCUCGAUGCAUGAGAAUGACAACAUUUAUACAAUAUAGGCCUAUAAUUGCCAUCAAAUUGAUAAAUCAACCCCAUGAGUGACAAGAAAAAAAGGAGGCACAAGAGAGGAAUCUGUAGUGAAACUACCUCACAAAAUCUAGAACAAGUAGUUGUAGGAAGGUACUUUCCCACUGGUUUCUUUGAGCAGUGUAACUGUAAAACAUUUUCCUCUCAUUAAAAUUAAUGGUAGAACAAACUGCUCCAGUUCCAAGCACAAUGUAACUUGCAGGCCCAGAAGAGGAAUGACUUGGGGGCAGGUAUUAUUUUUAGCUACUGAGCUCUUUUAACAUAUUGCGUGGCAUGUGUCAUCACAAUACUGUAAAUCCAUAGGGGAUGUUCACCUAUUCCACCAAAAUGAUUAUCAUAAACAUGACUAAAUGCGGUUUACUACAAAACAAAUCGAUGACAUCUGUUGCCCUUUUUUAUUUUAGUUUUUAUUCUUUUUGCCAUAAUAUACUUAACAGACUGAAAAAACUACCACAACAUAAAAAAAACAGAGUAAAUAUAAAAAACAAAACCCAAACAAAGCAACACAAAAGGAAAAAGUGUAUUAAUGUAUCACAGGGCCCUUCAGUUGUUCACUCAUGCUCUAAUCUCUUCAGAACUUGAUUACGGUACUACAUGUUCUACAUGGGACUGCCCUUGAAGCUUCCACUGGUCCAGAAUGCAACGAUAUGUGCAGUAAUACAUUGAUAUACCCAUUUAACACCUCGGCUUUUCAAGUUGCAUUGGUUGCCAUUUAGUUCUGGGUGUCAUUCAAGAUGUACUGUAUAUACUCGAGUAUAAGCCUAGUUUUUCAGCCCACUUUU